GACGCUGACAGAAAUUUCACAAUGCCCGUCUAUCGGGACACCUUACAAACAGCCAUAGUCAAGAAUGUGAUCACUGUGGUUCUGUGCAUCUCCAUCAACUACGUCAACUGUACCCUGGUGCACACGUUCAAAAAACAUCAGGUUUUCAACAUGAACCCUCGCUACAUCCUCUACAUCCAUCUGGUAAUCAACGAUAUAAUCCUGCUGACCCUGUUCACCCUCAUCCAAGUCCUGAGUUACAUCGUGUUCACUCUCAAUGUCUCCUUUUGCAUUGUUCUGCUAACGAUCGCUAUAUUUGCGAAUCUAAACAAUCCUCUAACGCUGGCUGUCAUGGCAGUAGAGUGUUACGUCGCCAUAUGCUUCCCCCUCCGCCACACCCAGAUCUGCACAGCCAAGAGAACGUACGUGGUGAUCGGCGUGAUAUGGAUGCUGAGCACGCUUUCAAUCCUACCCGAUGUAUUUGUCGCCUUGGCCACAGAAUCCAUGGAAUUCUUUCAUUCCAGAGUUUUCUGCCUUAGGGAAAACGUUUUCAGAAAACCCUAUCUCACGGAGAAGAGAGAUAUAUCCAACACAGUGUUUUUGGUCAUAGUUUGGCUCACGCUUUUCUAUGCAUACUUCAGGAUCCUGGUCUCUGCACAAGCAGCUACAGCUGCUACAGACACCAAGAAAGCCAGAAACACUGUCCUCCUCCACGGCUUCCAGCUGCUGCUGUGUAUGCUCACCUAUGUGUUCCAUCGAAUGUUAGAAGGUUUGACAUACUUGUUCCCAAAAGGGGUACUGGCCAUUCGCUUCCUCAUCUCAAUAGUUGUUCAGGUUCUGCCUCGACUCAUCAGUCCGGUUGUUUAUGGGCUACGAGACAAGACUUUCAGGAAGUACCUGAAAAGAUAUCUGCUCUGUACAAGUGCUAACAUUCGUCCACAAAAGCUUCCAAAGGGGCCAUUAUAA